UCCGCAGCGCGCCGCUGUCGGGUCUCCGCCGCCGGUACCCGGAGCUCCCGGCCUGAACGGGCGCGUACUGCCGGUGACAUGUUGCAGAAGCCGCGGAGCCGGGGCCGCCCCAGCUCCCAGGCCGACAGGGACUGGGGCCGCGGCGGGGACAGCCGGGCCUCCAGAAGCGGCGUCGCCGAGGAGGCCCCGAGCACCUCCCGCGGGGCGGGCGGCUCGCAGGAGCCCCGCAGCGCCUCCUCGCAGGGCGCCCGCCGGGCCGGGGCGUCCCCCGCGGCGGGGCCCAGGUCCCAGAAGCAGCUGGAGCUGAAGGUGGCCGAGCUGGUGCAGUUCCUGCUGAUUAAGGACCAGAAGAAGAUCCCGAUCAAGCGGAGCGACAUCGUGAAGCACGUCCUCGGGGACUACAGGGACCUGUUCCCCGACCUGCUCCGACUGGCGGCCGAGCGCCUCCAGUACGUCUUCGGGUACAAGCUGGUGGAGCUGGAGCCCAAGAGCAGCACCUACAUCCUCAUCAACACCCUGGAGCCCGUGGAGGAGGACGCGGAGGUGCGCGGCGACCAGGGCACGCCCACCACCGGCCUCCUGAUGAUCGUGCUGGGGCUCAUCUUCAUGAAAGGCAACACCGUCAAGGAGACCGAGGUCUGGGACUUCCUGCGGCGCCUCGGGGUGUUCCCCACCAAGAAGCAUCUCAUUUUUGGCGACCCCAAGAAGCUCAUUACGGAAGACUUUGUUCGGCAGCGUUACCUGGAGUACCGGCGGAUCCCGCACACCGACCCCGUGGACUAUGAACUGCAGUGGGGCCCGCGCACCAGCCUGGAGACCAGCAAGAUGAAAGUGUUGAAGUUUGUGGCCAAAGUCCACAAUCAGGACCCCAAAGACUGGCCAGCGCAGUACUGCGAGGCUCUGGCGGAGGAGGAGGACCGGGCCAGGCCUCAGGCCAGCGCCCCAGCCGCCUCGUCUUGAAAUCUUCGAUUCCGGGGGACUCCUGGGGACCCUGAGGGGGAGUGUCAAAGGCACCGGCCUGAAGGGGUGUCGGUGGGAGGGAGUGUAUUUCUGUAAAGUUUAAACGUGUGUAACUUUUAGGAUGUUUUUGCAAACAUUCGUUCUCACUGUUUGUUAUAAAGUAUUUGGUAAUACGUGUUCAAUUAUAGAAAUAGGAGGAGAGGAUUUAUUUUGUUUUACUGUCUGUGUUGUGUGUGUGAAAAUUUGGUUAGCUUUAUAAAAUGAAUUGGAAGGUUUUGUACCUUGGAGCAAAGAACACAUCAGUGAAUUGCUUUGGUGCCAAGUAGAUAAAAGCAAAGUGGCUGUUAUAUGGCCUCUUAAAUACCCCAGUUUGUAUGGAAAAAUAAAAACCUUCAUAAGUAAAAAUAUAAUUGCCUGUAUCCUUUCUUGCCUUAGCACAGCUAUUUUAUGUUUUCUACGUGUAUAAGCGUUAUUCAUCAGUGUAAGAAAAUUGUAUUUUAUCUGAAUAACAUUUUUUAAAAUUCAUAAUUAUUAUUCAGCUCUGUGGCUAACCAUUUAGUUUCA